AUGCGCCUCUUCCCUACUCGAUUCAUCCAGGUUGCCGGAAAAUCCCUUCUUCUAUUCAUCGCUGUCUUCACAAUAUCUGGCACGCUGGCGCUGGUGUUCCAAUGUCGACCCGUCCAGGCAGCCUAUGAUAAGACCAUUCCCGAUGCCAGCUGCUACCCGACUGAAACCUCAUAUGCCAUUUUGAUGAUGCAGGGAGUCAUCAUGUUCGUGCUUGAUGUGAUGAUACUUGUGCUACCAAUGCGCCCAAUUUGGCAAUUGCAAAUGCCAUUAAAGAAGCGGUUACUUGUCAUAGGGUUGCUAUGUAUUGGGUUUACCGCAUGCGUCGCCGCUCUUGUGCGGUUCUCAACGCUUAGUUUUACUAACGACACGACUAACUUCACCUAUUCGGCAUCGACAUCUCUUAUCUGGAUGGAAAUCGAGUUCAACCUCGGCCUCAUGUCGGGAUCUCUGUCCUCCCUACGGAAACUCUUCAAGGUUCAUGCUCCAUCUAGUUCUGCCGACGCCUCUCAAGGGGAAUCAAGCCAGCCCGCGAACCUCGAACUUCCCAGGUCCCGGGCCUCCCGGCACAGCCGCCUCAGAGGCGGAAUCAUGAAGAAGACCGAAAUAGUAAGAGUAUAUGAAACGAGUGAGAGCCAGGAACAUAUUGCCCCGAUGAAUGCACUGGGUGAAACCACCAAUACUACCAAGGCAUAUGAGGCGAGGGCGAAAUCAACAAAUCUUUGA